UUACCAUAAAUGCAGAAUGGAGGAAGCCUCACUGCAUAGUAAGGAUUACACCGCUUGCUUGUGAACGUUGGGCCUCCUGUCCAGUAGCAGCAGGUGGCUUGUGAUUCAUCAAGGGGAAUUCCAUCGAAUCCAGAUCCCCUUAAUCACUGCAACAUUGUGUUUUCGUGCAAUACAUACAGGUAACUAAUGGGAGCAAACCACGCGUCCUACUACGGCUAGGCAAUCGGUGCUGGUCGUGAUUUUUUAAAAUAAACUAUAGCAAAAAGAGAAAGAAGAAGAACCAUCAAGUUGUGAUUGUAUUUUAAAUGUUGGAAGCCUCUCUGAGCCUGCAAGGGGGAGCGCGGCAUAUACAUAUGAUAAAAUAAAUAAAUCAGAGUUGAUCCCUAGUUGCAAUGUUCACUCUAAACCUGCUUCAAGCCCCACUGUCCGCCGUGAGGUUUACUUGCAGGUCAGCGGGCGCAGCAUUGCAGCCGAGCAACGCCAGCUGUGAAUAUUUACUCCGAACAAGCAACCCUGCUCUGUGGGUCGUGCCCGAUCUUUCACACGUUGCCAAAUACCCGGCGAAGUGCAGAAAUCCAUUGAUUUGCAAUUGAGGACUGGUCCGGGAAAGAGCGUUUCUGAAGCACCCGCUUGCCUGGGAGUAAAGCCAGUGCGCAGAUGCAAGGGCUUGGGGAGCCGCAACUACGGUGGACCGUGCCAUUCAACAGUGGAGACGAAAAGGGACGAGAGAGGAAACAGCUGUUUUGAAGAUUCCAAGCCGCAACGGUCCCGAUCUUUGCAAGGGCUUUUGCACAAUGGAAAUACUUGUGGGUGAUAGAUCUGCAGUCAGUGUGGUCUUCUUGGCACCUGCUACGAAAUCACUGCCUGCCAAAGGGCGAGUGCAAAGAGGAAAGCAGCAGCAGCGCUGACCCCACGGCCUCCACCACCCUUUCCGUGGCUGGCAAAACCACCAAGCCUUCAUCGGUCCGUUCAGAAGAUCCUUGGCUUGAGGCAUGGCUGGAGCCCCUGGGUCUGCCCUUUGGGCUCCUGUGACUUUCGAAGAAGUCGCCAUCUACUUUUCCCCAAAGGAGUGGGGGGAGCUGGCCAACUGGCAGAAGCAGCUUUACAAGGAUGUCAUGCAGGACAACUACGAGACUCUGCUUUCAUUAGGUCUUGCUGCCUCCAAGCCUGACAUCAUCCAGCGAAUUGAGCAGGGUGGAGAGCCGUGUGUUGGGAGACUCCAGGACCUGAAGGCACACGAGAGUCCAAGCCAGGACUUGUCAUCAGGUACCCAGGUACUGGUAAAGGAGGACUCUUGUCUCCAGGAAAAUCUCAAGCGGGUGCUGUGGCAUCAAGUGCAUCCAGAGGCAUCUGUGGGGAGUGUGAAUAAUGAACUUCCCACCUGGCUCAGUCAUUCUGCUAUCACUGGGGUGGCUGCCCUGCCCCCCUGGCACACUGAACUCACCUGGCCAAAUGGCCCUGUGGCAGGCAAGCAGCCAACACCCUUGGAGUUUGAUGCAGGGCAUUCUGGUGUGGCUGUGGAUGCCUUCUGGCCUGUGCCCAUGGCUGUUCCUCAGGCCAGUACCCAUGAGGAGAUGCUGCUGAUCUGCACCCAGUGCCAGAAAUGCUUUCCUGCCCGUUCCGCUCAGAGUGUCCCCGCAGUGGUACCCACAGGUGAAGCAACGCAAGUUUGUCCCGAGUGCGAGAGCAGCAAUAGGAAAAGCUCUCCUGCCUCUGCAGACCAACAGAGCCACGUAGGAAAGCAGCCCUGCACGUGCAUGCACUGCUCAGUGCUUAACAUCCGUCAGAGAGUCCCCAAAGAGGAACGGCCUUACAAGUGUGGGAAGUGCGACAAGAGCUUCCGGUAUGUGCACGAGUACACGUGGCACCAGAAAGCACAUGCUGGAGAGAAGAUCUACAAGUGCAACGAGUGCGAAAAGGUCUUCAGGCACAAGCAGGAGCUCAUGUGGCACCAGCGGACCCACACCGCAGAGUGGCCCCACAAAUGUGGCACGUGUGAGAAGAACUUCCGUUUCAAGCAGGAGCUGACGUGGCACCUGAAAACCCACUCCGUGGAACGGCCGUACAAAUGCGCCGAAUGCGAGAAGAGCUUCCGGUUCAAGCAGGAGUUCAUGUGGCACCAGAGAGCCCACGUUGGAGACCGGCCUUACAAGUGUACCGAGUGCGAGAAAAGCUUCCGUUUCAAGCAGGAAUUCACCUGGCACCAGAGGAGCCACGCCGGAGAGAAAAUCUACAAGUGUCCAGGCUGCGAUAAGAGCUUUCGGUACAAGCAAGAAUUUAUCUGGCACCAGAGAAUCCACACAGGGGAACAGCCCUACCCUUGCGCUUCAUGUGACUCCACCUUCACUUGCAGGCAGGAGUAUAUGCGCCACCAGCGGCUGCAUGAUGGGGAAAAGCCCUACCAGUGCCCACACUGCGAUAAAACCUUCCGCCGGGGCUCGACCCUGAUCAGGCAUCGGCGGAUCCACCUGGGCGAGGGGCCUUUCAAAUGUUCUCACUGUGAUAAAACCUUUGGCCAGAGUGCCAACCUGAUCAAACACCAGCGAAUCCACACAUUGAAGAGUGAGCCUGGAGAGAAUACAGCAGGAUGGGCCCCCUGCUUGCAAAGCUCCGGCGUGCCCGUCACACCAGAGGAGGUGAGUGUGGUCAGCCUGAAAACCGUUUCCGUGGGGGCACUUCUCUUACUAAACCUGCAGGGGCCCAAGCCAGAGAAAGACCCAGCCAGGGAACCCAAUAUUUGGGAGCCUCAAAUGUGAGAUCUCGUAGAUGUCGCUUCAUUCGGGGCUCCCUCCCUCUGGCCAAUGAGUUGCAGGAGUGAGAAGCUGAAGAAAGCACUUUGGAUUUCAAUUCCACGUGGAUCGUGGAGGCAGUCCACCCCUGGACACUAUUGGUGGGAGACCAACUACAGAGCAACUACUAAAGCCCUGAGAUUUUGCUCCAGGAGUAUCUGGCUCGCAGUUGUUAAGGCAGAGUCCUGUGGCAGUCAGAAGUAUUGCCUGAUCCAGCAAGGCAGUCCCUAUUUUGGGGCAUGUGCCAUAUAUUUUUUUUUACAUCUGGAGAAGGGGUAGAAUCCCUUUGUUUUCUUCCCUGUUUAGCUGGGGUAGAGGUUCUUUGUGAAGCUCAAAGCUAGACAGAAGAUCAUGUUCAUAAACCCCUCCACCUUGCAUUUUAUUCAUCCCCACCUCUAAUCAGAUUAACUGUGUUUUCCCCUUCCUUAUAUGCAAGACCCCAGGAGGGUCUUCUGUGAGAGUGGCAUUACCAGUUAGUUCCCAGAAGUACCGUUUUGUUAUUCUAUAGUACAGGUUCCCUACACAUUAGUCCUGCCCCCCCUUUUCAUAUUUCACCCUCCAACCUUGCAUGCACUUGCCUUCUGAUCCAGAUGUGGGUUCCAACUCCAAGCACUGCAAGGAAGGUGAAAUUGAACCUGUAGAGGGCGCUCUUGACUAGCCCAAUGGACCGCUUGAGUAUUUUGCACAUGACAGUUUCCAAAGCACAGUGUGCAUGAGCAGCCACUCAUCUCUGCAUCACAGCUGCAGCCAAGAGAACUGUGCCUAGAGAUGUCUUCAGUCUCAGUUCGGUCUUUGCUGUUGUGUUGUGUCAUGACGUUUUGCCAGAUCAGAGACUUGUGCAUCAACCUGAACUCUCGUGUUUUGACUAAGUGCCAUUGGAGAGAAUCGAAAGGGGCUGGAAUACCCUUCCUUCAUCCAGGUUCCCCUCUAAGUGCUGGCACAGAGGAAUCUUUCCUGGGGAGUAUUGCCAAGGCUGCUCGGGGAUAACUCGGUUCUAGAAGCACAGAUCCAAACGCCAUCACCACCUCUCAUAGUACAGUUCACCAGGAUUAUUCUUCUACACAAGUCCCACUAAAAUGAAUGGAAAUGGGGCCAGGAGCUUCAUUUCAGUGAUGCAGACAGUGGAGAAUGUCCCUGGGCUUUAUUAGGGAACCUCCCACACUCCUUCCUUAAAUAACUCCCCCCAAAAUUAAUCACUGGGGGGGGGGUACUGCCUUCCUUUGAGCUUGAUGACAGGAGGCUUUUCCAAGUGGUGGGAGUUUCUCUCCCUUGGUACAGGCAGCUCGAUCCUCUUUGUGCGCAGCAUCCCAAAAUUUGCUAACGAGCCCAAAUUCUGCCCUACUGCACACCAAUGAGGGACUAGUAGCCUGGACUGAACUCUGGCACUGUUAAUGUACUCACAAUCAACGAUGGCUAUCACAGAUUUCCGUGAAAUCCACCAAUGCAUCGAGACUGCUAUUUUCUUACGUAAAUGAGUAUUUUAAUGUUUAAUUGUGUUUGGAUAACUUGUCAUGAAAUAUGCAAUUUUUUAAUUGUGAAAGAAAAAAUGAACUGCGUAAAGUGGGAUGGGGGAACCAAUGUAGCAUUAAUUGUGGCUUUUAUAGGCCUGUCCAUGCUUUCUCUCCCCCUUGGCCAUGUGACAAGCAGAAAUGCAGCAAGAGCAACUUCUACAUCCCUGCAUCCUUGGGCUGAGAAAAACAUCACUUGCUGAAUUUCUGUCCAUCAUGCAGCUGGUAUAAACCCAGGAGCCCUGCAAGGGAAAAAAAAAAGGUUGCCAACCCUAUUUUAUGUGAAGUUCAAGGUAUAUCUUCGUAAGCACAUGCCCCUUUUUUCUCUGGGCAAUCCUUUGUUUAGAUUCUAAUCUGCUGGACCACUGGAAAACAAUAUUUCCAUAUCUCAUUUGCCUGCAGAAGGAUGCUAAGAAAAUAGGCACUGUUACUACCCUGUUUCCCCAAAUAUAAGACAUCCCUGGAAAAUAAGACGUAGUAGAGGUUUUGCUGAAGUGCGAAAUAUAAGGCAUCCCCCAAAAGUAAGACGUAGCAAAGUUUUUGUUU